AUGGCCCCGCACUCGCGCGUCCUCAUCUGCCGCCACUCGCAGGCCGAGCACAACGUCGACCUCGACUACAGCAUCCCCGACGCGCCCCUUACCGCCCUGGGGCGCAAGCAGUCGGGCGCCCUGCCCCGGCAGACGCAGCAGGAGCAGCAGCAGGUGGACGCCAUCCUCAGCAGCGGCCUGCGCCGCACGCUGCAGAGCACGCUGCUCGGCUGGGCGCCCGCCGUGCAGCGCCUCGGCAUCGCCAACGUCGUCGUGAUGCCGCAGCUGCAGGAGUGCAACGACUUCCCGUGCGACACCGGCUCGGCACGCGAGGAGCUCGAGCGCGACCCCGAGUUCAAGGGCUUCGACUUCUCGCUCCUCACGCCCGACUGGACGAGCAAGAAGGGCUUCUGGGCGCCCGACCCGGAGAGCAUCGACCAGCGCGCACGCUGGGUGCGCCGGCACGUGCGUGAGCGUCCGGAGAAGACGAUCCUCAUCGUGGCGCACGGCGACUUCAUCCGCCGCCUCACUGGCGACGUGCAGGGUCCCAGCACCUACCAAUGGAAGAACGCAGAGGUGCGCGCCUACCGCUUUGACCCGGCAAGCGUCGACAGCGACGCCGCCUUCUUCCAGGCCGAGGGCGAGGUGGCCGUGGCCGGCGGGCACGACCAGACGAGCACCGAGAUGAUCGAGGACGGAUCUGCAGCUGACGCAUCGACUGGCCCGAGCCUGCCUGGCCUGAGCUCGACGGGUGCUUCGCUGGGCCUCACGGGAGAGGACUCGUUGCGCGAGAUCGAGGAGCGCGUCAAGGUCAAGGCAUAUGCGGUGCAGAGCCAGGCGUCCGAGCUGCAGGAGCUCGAGGCGCGCCUGGCGGCGGCGGAGCGCAAGAAGGCGGAGCUGGAAGCCAAAGGAAUCAAGAUCUAGACCCCACCCCUAUCUACCUAUCUACUAGAGCAUUACCAUGCGUUCGAGACACGCCUUCGCUCGCGGGUCACGCCCCCGGGCAGGCCAGACGCGAUGAUGCUGCUGGAUUAGGACGUCCGAGACAAGAGUAGAGAUACAGCGUGAUGCGUGG